AUGCACAUGCAUCAAGACAUGCAAGAGGUCGGCUCUUCGAGCUCCCAAGAUUCUUGGCAGAAGCCGAAAGAUCGAUUCAGGCGCAUUGGCUUCAAGCGCCCUAGCAGCACCCAGCCGUCCGCAGGGAACAAGCUCGCAAGGGCCCGGCCUCGGAUCCAAGGUCCCAGGAAAGGUGCAGCACCCCGGCUGAUCCUCGGGGUGGCGGAGGACGCAGGUGAAGCGGAGCUUGGAAGAGCUUUUGAGCAGCGCAAGCAGGAGUGCGGUCCUGGGAAGGUGCCGGCAGAAACAUCCGAGGCAGCGAAGGAAGUUUGGCAGGCAAUGAAGUCGGCUUACGAGGCCAUACGGUCCGAGAAAGAGUCUGAGGAGUCUGUCGCGCAUAGGCUGCAGGACAUGGAUCUGGGGAAGGCCUUCAGCUCUGCAGUCUUCCGCACCCUCUUUCUCCCGCGAGACCUGCCCGGAGAGGAGGAAGCCACCUCAGAUGUCGUCGCGACGUUGGCAUCUGUUGCUCCCACAUGGACAGUGAGAAUGCAGGAGUUCGUGUUCAACAUGUUACAUACAUGUGGCUAUGAGCAUUUGCAGCGUACGAUUUCCUCCCUUACACAAGGCAUGGCAUCGGCCUUUUGGAUUCGGGCACAGAAUGCUAUCCUUCACAUCGAGCGCCGGUCGGAGACCGUGGCAAGGUUGAGUGCGUGGCGUGUGCAGUUGCCGUUGGCAGAAGCCAUGCGGACGGAAGCCGUGUGGAUGCAGCUACCAGCUGUUGCCACCGACGUGCCGUGGCAUGUGGUGGAUGAUGAUGCUUUCUACCGACUUGUCGGCGAACUGGUGGAUUAUGAGUUCCCAGAUGCAGCACGCAGGUCCGAGAAGAAGCACGCUCAAGUUCAGGAGACUUGGGAACCCAACUCUCCCACGUACGUCUUGGACUACUUGCUGCCGGCCUCUGGAGGCGAGACCGUGGUACUUGCUGAGGGUGAUGCUGUUUGGGAGCAGGUCUUCGAUGAAGUGCGGCACCAGCCGGGCGGCGCGCCCUGGCGCUCUUCGCCAGCUUGGGCGGCUUUCAGGACCGCCCUGCACCUGGAGUGCUGCCGAACCGCCUCGACACCAGAAAUCGGGGAGCUCACAUUCAAGACGAUGCUUUUGCAGAUUUCUUUCCGUGCCCUCCGGCAUGUGGAGAUGACCGGUUCGAGGGACGCUCCGGAUGCGUCUGCGCAGUUGGAAGCAGCUCGGAAGUUGGUUCUGCAAGCUCUGGAGCUCGAGGCGGCCGUGGAGAAGGCGUCGGCACCUCAGAAUCUGGAGACCUCGGCGAGGAAUGCAGUGGCAGAUGCUCGUGAUGCCGCGCAAAUGACAUUGCAGCAUCUGGAAGCAGAGUGGGAGUCUAUAGCGAAUCGCGAGCUUCCCUGCACAAUCUACGCUGCGCAUCUCAACUUCGACAGGGAUGAGAUGCACCAGUUGAAACACUCCGAGCCGUGCAUCCAGAAGGUGAUGGCUUGGGCCCUGCAGGGUCAGCAUGGCCGGAAUCAGCAGGUGACAGACCCGCCAUGUUGUCCGCGGGCAGGGGAGUCCUGUGACAGCCAGGUUACAGCGCUCAAGGCUGUCACAGCAUGGCCGAGCGACUCGGACAGGAUGACUGCCCUUUACGAUGCUGAGAACUGGAUCUCUGCUGCUUGGCAUUCGCAGGCGGUGUUUCAGGCGGACGCGUUCCGCGAGCUGAUGACCGGAUACUUGGAGCUGAGCGGCAGGAUCUACAAGGGCGACCCAGAAGGACAGAGCCGAAGAUGUCUCAUGGCGACCACGAUGGUGCUGAUGGUGGAUCGUGCAGCUUGCAGAGAGUUCCCGGUGCUCAAAGAGCACAGCAUUGGUGUUGAGAUCAGCAUGCUGCAUGUGAUAUUGACUCCGCACUUAGAAGAUCGGAAGCUGCUUCAUGCUCUGGAGUGCUAUGUGCAAGAGCGAGAGAAUGUUGCCAGCUAUCCCAGCACCAUCUGCGCCGCUGAAGUGUCCGCCAGCUCUUUCUCAGUAAGGUUUGCGAAAGCAGAGAUGGAAGACGUCAGAGCAGACAUCCAAGAGCAAUGCCUACAGAAUCAGGCAGCGAAAGCAGAAGAAGUUCGCACAACUCUGAGCCGCCACAGGGAGAUGUUGGAGAAGUUCAAGCAGACAACAGCAGCUGCAGAGGUUCUCUCUUGCGAGUAUGACCCGGGCCGUAGGCAUUCGAGAAAGUGUAAGAAGUGUGCGACCAAGAAGCAAGCGAAUGUCGAGAAGGACUAUGCGAACAAGAUGCACGUGGACAUCUACGAGAAGCUGCUUCCAGAAGAUGAGAACGAACAGCGCGCUGUGGUCUACGAGCUGCAGCAGCCGGCUAUUCUCGCUUUGCAGCGGGACUCGAUCCUGCUCCUUGCUCGCGAAAUUGGCGCCCAGGGUGAUUUCUACAGCGACCGGUCUCGGAUGGUCCCGUGGCGCCAAGAUCCGUGUUUGUCCGGUUGGCGUCGGGUUAAAGACGCAGCGUUCUCACUGGGCUCUAGCAGCAAGAAGUUCCGUGACAGCCGUUACAAGAAAUGUCAUGUGCUGAAGCACAAAACCUUCAUUGUCCCCCACGGGUAUAACUUGGUCCUACUCGACGAGAAGAAAUGGGAUGAAGAAGGGAAGAACAUUGUCAGCUCUCGUUGGCGUUGGAGCGUGGAGAGGCCAACCAAGGUGAGCACAAACGACGAGAGAUAUGAAGCCCUUGACGGCCAUGUAGCCUCUUGGAAAGAGAAUGACAACAAGGCCAUCGCUAUGAAAUCUGCGGCGCAUCCUGACAUCACGUUGCUCGAGUUCGAGACGUUCGGCAUGCUUCGAAGUGGCGUACGCUUGCAACUCCCACGCCUGAUGUACGCCAUAGCUCAGCACUGUCUGUCCUUCCAGCGACUCGGUGUCUUGAACAUGCUGAAGGCACUCCUGUGGCAGGUUGGGCCAGCCUCUGAGAACAGCUUGCAAGAAGCUUCCACGACUGGGAAUUUGGCACAGCAGGCAGUGCUUCGCCAAGCUUCGGCGUGCUUGCUUGAGGAUGAUCUUGCCCUCAAGCUGUGCACCCACAUUGCCCUUCUUCUUGAAACGUCGAGGAAGAACUGGACUCACAACCGCACCCUGCUCUUCGUGAUCACUUUGGGCCGCUUUCUUGCUGAGCAUUGCAAUCCUCGGGGCAGUGCGGCGGCACAUGGCAUCCUGCGCAGCGCUCGCUCUGUGGGACUUGAGUGGGUAGCAACGGUCAAGGAGAUCUUGAGCCACACUUCGGACGUGCUGGAGGCUGCACGCCUUCGUGACAAGAUUGUUGACAUAGCCGCAGCUACAGCUUUGACGUUUCUCUCCUCGCCUCUCCCAGGGGUGACGCAAACAGCUUGCCUGACGGAGGAGAGCCUGCUUGACUGGCUCACGGUUCGCGCCGCUUGCUACGAAACCAUGCUUUCGGGAUGUCUGCAAGAAGAGAGCCUGUCAUCCGAGCGGCGGCAGCUCGUGCGGAAUGCCAGGUGUGUAGCGUUGAGCUUGGAGCAUCAACUUCACAGAACCAUGGUGUCCAACUUGCUGACGAAGUUCGUUCGAAGGCACUGGGCGGGGGGCAGGGAUGGUACCUACGGUGAGUGGCAAUGCUGCAAGGAGCCUUGCAGCCGCUGGUACAAGACGACUUACGAGCGGACUUGCGUGCUUCACUUGGAUGUGCUUGGAGGUUCUUUCCUGGUGAAUGGGAAGCCUGUAGGACUGCUGCCCUCGCAGAUCACCGGCAGCAGACUCUACAGUCGUCUCUUCGGCAACCACCGGUUCCAGGUGCGACCCACACCUCAAGGAAGCUAUGUCUCCGACAUUCAGAACUCUGCCUGCUUCACGUUUGAUGUGAACACUGAUGGCACAGUCAUGAUUAAGGAGGAGCGCUCAAGCCCGGAUGGGGCGGUCUCGGCAUCUGUGGUGCCGCAUGACGCCUUCAGGAACGAUGUGCCUGCUGAGCUCGUGGAGAACUACAGCCACUGGUUGGUGCCAAAGCCAAGGCCCACAAUCUACUUCCGGCCCAUCUCUUUCAAGGACCCCAAGUUCGAGCUGGGAUGCUCCCAGGGUGCUGCGUUUGUGCUGGACUUGUGCAGCCGGACGAUCAGAAGCACUGGAUGCGGACAGUUGCUGAUCGAUAUUGGCAGUGCAACGUUUCAGGAGCUCUUCAAAGCUUUCGGACGCCUGGCACUGCGGGAUCAUGUGCACGUUUUUUCUGGCAGUCCAAGCCCCAGGGUGUUCCUGCCUGAUUUGCAGAUUCACUUCAAUGUCCAUCAUGCAGGCGGGUCUGUUGAGCUCCGGAGCCAUGAAAUGCAAGGAACUGUUGCUGCGGAUCAGAACCUGCGAACCCUGAUUGGCCUGGAGCAUGGCCUGCUUCUGGAGAGGGGCAAUGAGAAGAUGCUUUUGCUGCCUCAUGCCAGCACCGUCUGUCACAAGGAGGACAAGCAUCGAUCGGUCAAGCUGGAGCUUGACAAGGUGCGUUCGCCCCCCUUCUUCGUGUAUACCCUACGGCCACAUCUCCAGGAUCUGCACGGUCCCAAAGAUCGUCUCGCUUGGAUCUACUUGGCAAAGCUGCAUGCGUUGACGUCCCACGUACUGCCCGACCCUUUCCUCGAGCGUACUGGGACCGUCACGGCCUUGGAUCUUCUCCGCUCUGCCAGAUGCCGCGGCAACCUUCCAGAGCUCCACGAGAAGAUGGAGCUGGGUACGGCGGAGCGGACGCUCGUGGAAAUUGCCAGGGCCUCGCCGGAGCGGUCGCCUUGUGGGAGGUUUGGCAGGGUCGCAGAGAGAGCAGACUUCCAUGACAUGCUGGGAUUGUGCGCUCAUGAAGGCUUGGCUUUCUUGUCCCACCAAGCAUUGACCGAGCUUCGGGAGCAGUGCCAGUUCACAGGGAAAUGCCCCAAAAGCCUCCUCAACGCUCUGGAUGAGACUGGCCUCCGCUGUGGUUCCCUCAGCCAGCGGGCCUACCUUCGCAGUCGAGAGGCCUAUGGUCUUCCCGCGCGCUUGCGGCCAGAGGAAGAAGAAGCGGCUCUUCUCCAGCAGAGCAAGCCCCGAGCUCCGGUUCUUUGGCAAGAGGUCGUUGAGAAAGAGGCAGCCAAGGUUCGGGAGGUGGCCGCCGUCACGCUUGGGGAGGGAUCGGUGCACUUUCACUCGCUCCUGCCGCUCCUGUGCACCUCGGAGGAUCUUCCGGGGAUCUCCCAGGAGUAUCUCUCAAGCAUUGCUUCCUGGGACAAGUUGGCGCAAGAGCAGACCUUGCGGCCCGCUUGGAUCGCGCUCUGCGAGGCGGCGCUGCGGGUGAACUGUCAGAGGAGGGUCGGCUUUAUGCUGGCUUUCCUGGCGAAACAGUGGCCGGAGCCACAAACAGUGGCCCAUCUCAAGAUUCUUGCCAGCAUCGCCUGCCACGCGGAAGAGUUCCGCCCGCUGCAGCUACCGCGACAUGCGAGGUACCAGCGCCCAGACAAGUUUGAGCCUGAAUCUCAAGAAGUGGAGACAAUCACCAAACGACAUCAGAUGUGCUCCGAAGUAGAUCUUGACGAAGACCGGUCGGUAAAGCAGGCUGAGAAACUUCGCAAGCGUUUCGAGGAGAAUUGCAAGAAGGAGCUCUCUCUCAUCGUGCUGAAGACUGGUCUUGUGUUCUCCAGCGGUGGUUGCAUGGAUCGGUCUGUGUACCUCCAGACCAUCAAUGAUACGCAGGCCUUCCUGAAGGACAUCGAUGCUUACCUGACCAGAUUGCGGCAGGCGUGUGACCUGCGCGGCUUUCUGAAAAAGGUGGAGAGCAAGCUGCAGACUCCGAAGCUACAGCCAGACAAGCGGACGCCAACUUCAGAACUCGCGCUCCCCACCAGGAGCAGGCUGAAGCCAAUGCUUUCGUCACCAAUGCUGCCUGAGCCCGAGCUGGGCGUGGCGGCAUCCUCUGCGGCAUUGCAGAGGUUCUGGGACACGGGCAAGCUGGGAACUCCGGUGACCCUCUCCUCUUUCUCGACGAAGACCCAGGCUCCUCUUCUAAGCUUGGCGCCUGACGAGGAGUAUGCGCAGAUUAACAAAGAGUUGAUCGACCCUCUGCUGGAAAGCUGGAAGCUGGCGCAUGAAGACCAGUCCUUGGAUCACGAUCUGCUAGACUCUACCCUCAGGGAGAAGCUCCGCAGAUACUUGAGGGAGGCGGAGGCUUGGCGGAAGAAGACCUGGCAACAUGUUCGCGAUGCCCUUCAGGGACAAGGUGACUGGGACGAUCUGCUACGUCAGUGUGGUCUUCACGAGACACCGGUGCCACUCACGGCAUUGCCUCGUCUGUUGAAUGCUCACGACUCUCCUCUCUGCGUUGCCAUCGGUGCCUUUGCAGUCUGCCUCCGUGCCGAGCAGCGUGCCCUACGCUGCUUGCGGCUGUUGGAGGUGAGCGGGAUGAGUGCUUGGUUGAGGCAGGAGCUUGACACUGGAAGCACGGGCUCCACGACCUGGGCGCCGGCAAAGCAUCCGGAGUGGCUGCUUCUGGAAGUGGACAACGAUUUCUGCAUUCGUGAGCAGCAGGUGCUGGUGGCAAAGCACAUGAUGCCGGAGAAAGCUCAGAGUACGGAAGAGCUGCGGAACAGCCUGAUGCAGCUGAAUAUGGGCGAAGGGAAGACGUCAGUCAUCGUUCCGCUCCUGAUUGCAUCUUUGGCAGAUGGCCAGAAGCUACUGCGAGUCACCGUGCUCUCGUCGUUGAGACAGACCAAUGCGGCAGACUGGCAGCACAAGAUUGGAGGUCUUCUUGGGCAGCGCGUGUACCCAAUGCUUUGUCGCCGAGAUCUGAAGCUGGAGGAUGUUCCCGCCUCGUGCCUUCAUCGAAUGUUACAUCGGGUCCGCCAAGGUCGUCACAUCAUUGUCACGGUGCCUGAUCAUCGGCUGUCUUUGGAGAACAAGGCGAUUGAGCUGGCUUACACGGGGAACUUGCAAGCUAGUGAGGGCCUCCACUCUGUUUUGGAUCUGCUGAAGACACAUGUCCGGGAUGUUUUGGACGAAUCCGACGAGAUCUUGCAUGCCAAGUACCAGUUGAUCUACACCCUGGGGAAUCCUCAGGAGUUUGAUGGUGGUGGGCUUCGAUGGCGUGUUGCUUCCUCCGUGCUGGCUCUCGUGGCCAGGCGAUCUCAGAUGUUGGCAGAGACCUUCGGACAAGCAGCGGUUGAGUUCACUCCGGGAUCUCCCACCUUCCAGUUCCCUUCUGUGCGACUGCUUGAGCAUCAGACGGGUGCAGCGGUGUAUCAGCAGCUUUGUGAUUGGAUUGUUGACGACUUGCUGGCGUCGGAACAUUCGCAGCUUUCUCUGAAGAUCUGCGGUGAGAAGGAGCGACAAGCCUUCAGGGAAUGUGCUCUCGUUGACGACGCCAGGGGGGAGCCUUGGCUCAUCUUGCACGAGACUUUGCAGCCCAUCGCCUUUUUGCUUCGCGGCCUCCUUUGUCACGGCGUUCUCCAACUGGCGCUCUGCAAACGCUGGCGGGUGGACUUCGGAAGGCACCCUGCCGGCAGAUGCCGGAUGGCCGUCCCUUUUAGAGCAAAGGAUGUUGCCGCCGAGAGGAGCGAAUUUGGACAUCCGGACGUGGCCAUGCUGCUUACUUUGAUAACCUACUACAGAGGUGGCUUGGACGACCAUGCCAUGAAGGAAGUCUUCGGACGACUCGCAAGAAAAGAUGAGCGUGAGGCCGCUGCCACCUACAGGAAGUGGACGGGCCAGAUGGGGGAGGCAAUGCCUACCGAGCUGCGCGACUGGUCGGGAGUUAACUUGGAUGACAAGGAGAUGCUGCACCAGCAGCUAUUUCCAGCAUUGAUGCGGCACUGUGGUGUGGUUGACUUUUGGUUGGGCGAGGUCGUCUUUCCUGUUGAGGCAAAGCAGUUUCCGCAGAAGUUGGUCGCGACCCCAUGGGACCUGUGUCCACUCGGCCCACUCACCACCGGCUUCUCAGGGACGGAUGACAUUCGACCGUUGCUUCCAACGACCAUCCGGCAAUCCAACCUCGCUCAGCUUGCGCAUACCAACGGUCUGGUACUCCGGAACCUCAUGCGCGAGGAGAACCAAGGCUACGUGAAGCUCCCGCACGAUGCUUCCGGCAAGGCCGUUCUGGCGAAGCUCUUGGCCGACCCAAGCAUCAACGUGCUGCUCGAUGCCGGGGCCCUCGUGACGGACAUGUCGAACCAGGAGAUGGCCCAAAGCUGGCUAGAGAGCCGCCGGGAUGGCAAGGAAGCCGCCAUCUUCUUUGAUACCAGCAAUGUUGCAUCAGUGGUGAACCGAAGUGGACAGGUCAUACCCCUGGCAGUCUCGCCUUAUGAGCGCUGCCUUGACAAAUGCCUCCUGUACUUGGACGAUGUUCACUGCCGUGGCUGCGACUUCCGCAUGCACUGCGGCAGCAAGGCCGCGGUCACUUUGGGUCGUGGAAUGCAGAAGGACAAGCUGGUCCAAGCUUGUAUGAGGAUGCGGCUGCUGGGGAGUGGACAUUCCGUUGCCUUCUUCGCAUCCUUUGAGGUUGAUCUUCAAGUCCAAGCCUAUCUUCGAAAGCCCGCUUUACGGAACUGCCAUUGCCGGGUUCUUUCUUCCAUCCUGUCCUGGUGUCUCACGAAUGCUGCGAAGGCCGUUGCUGACAAGCUGCCUUAUUGGGCUGCCCAGGGAGCUACCCGCAUUCGGAAGGAGGCUGCCUACACAUCCAGGCAGGAUCUCGCCAAGCUGGCUGCGACAUGUGCAAUGAACGAGGUUCUGCUGCUGAAGGACAUGUACGGCCACGCACGGUCCAAGGAGACGCUGCCCGACAUUGUGAACUGCCUUCUGCGGCCCAUCACAGCCAUGGUUCCAGCAGUGGACAGUCCGCAUGCUCGAUCUCUCUUGACUCAACUCCAGGUCGACGUGCAACGCCGAGUUGAAAGUCUUGCAAGCAAGGUGACCCGACCUGCAAGCCUCCUUGACGAAGAGCAGGAGCGGGAACUGGAGGUCGAGUUGGAGGAGGAGCGCCAGAUUGAGCGUCCGGGUCCUGCACAGGCCUGCAAGCCCCGGAUUUCACCAGGUGUGCAGGCUUUGGCUAGCACGGGCUACGCGAUGGAGUCGUUCUGUUCCAUCGGACAGCUUCUGCAGCAGACCUCCUUCCCACACUGGGGCUGGGCCAACGAAAAUGUCAAGGUGACACCGGACUUCAUGCAGACGGUUGACAACAACGGCUGUUUGGAUGCAUACUUGCGGCCUGCCAUGUGGCUGCUCAAAGGAAGAUCACAGCAAGUUAUCAUCUCGAACUUCGAAGCCGAACACUUUGCAAACAUGUUCAGCACCCGUCCCAAUGCGCGGCUUGUCUUGGUGGGACGGCGGCUGCGGCCGCACCAGGCACCGGUUUGCGAUGCUCCGUUGUCCACAUCGGUCCACGUUUUCGCCGGCAGCCUCUAUGGCGCGGGCGAGACUCUCCAGGAUCCUGAGAUUGAGAAGCAGCGCAGCUUCCUCUCCAUCAGCUGUCCGGUGGUGAAAAGCCCAGAGUGGCAGAGUUUCUAUGAUGAAAAACUCGUGCAGAGGGACGGUUUUGUGCACCCCAGCUCCCGCGAAGAAGUGGCAAGCGAGGAUCCGCCCCUGGCUUGCGAAGCUUCUCCGUUUCGUUCCAGUCCGGUGGGCGCUGUUCGGCGUCUCUAUCGAGCACGUCACUUGGGCGGGGAACUUCCCUUCUCACCCAUGGGGAUCAUCUUGUGCUCGGGCUGUGACUAG